AAUGGUGUCAAUUUCCCCCUUAUUAGGUUGGAUUCCUGAAAUAUGGUGCUUUCAUUCGCUCAGAAGAUUUUGGAAGUGAAUUUUUCAUGGGGCAACUAAUGAAGAUGAACCCAGAGUCCCGGAUCUGUUACCUAGAAGGCUUAUGGAGUAACAUCUUUGCUGUGAAUCUGCUUGAUGUUUGGAAUGUCUUGAGCAGUUUAGAUGAAUUUUGGCAGCAACAUAUCCGAGACAAAAUAAAGAAUAUUGGGAUGCUGUCUAAAAUAAUUAUGGAUAUUUUAACUGAUCGCCCACAACACCAUCAUAUCCAUAACUUCCUAAGAGGCCUCCAGCUGCACAAAGACUACUAUGAACAGAGCCCAUUUCCUACGUGGAACGAUUGUCAGCUGGACUUAUUCCCUAUUCAACUGACACCAUCAGAAGGACUGUGUCUUGUUGAUGCUGCCUAUUUCAUCAAUACCAGUUGUCCACCACUCUUGAGGAAGGAGAGGAAUGUGGAUAUCAUCCUGUCAUUUGAAUACUCCUUGAGCACAGCAUUUGAGUCUAUGGAACAGACUGGGAAAUACUGCUCAGCGCUAGGGAUACCUUUCCUAAAAAUUAUGCUGAGUAAAGAAGAUAAGAAGAAUCCAAAGGAGUGCUACAUGUUUGUGGAUUAAGAGAAUCCAAAGGCUCCCAUAGUAAUUCACUUCCCAUUGGUGAAUGAUACUUUCAGGAAGUUCAAAGUACCUGGUAGAUAG